AUGACUGAGCUGAAUUGUCUAAACCUCUUCAACGUCCAAGGUCGAGUGGCAUUGGUUACUGGUGGCAGCAGCGGGUUAGGGCUCAUGAUAAGCAAAGCACUGGUAUCCAAUGGAGCAAAGGUCUACGUGGUUGCAUUACCGAGCGAUCCUAUCGACGAGGUUGUGAAAGAGCUGAACGAGAUCGGUCAAGAAUCUGGAGGCAGUGCUCAUGGUGUUGCCUUUCUCCCUCUCCUUUCAGCUGCCGCUAGCCAGCGCCAGAGUGAACAAGAUGGCGCCAUCAGCGGUCGUGACGAAGGACGCGGAGUCAUCGUGAUCACCAGCUCGUGUGCAAGCAUGCACAAUGUGACUAAUGUAGACCUGACAAGCUACGCAGCCAGUAAAGCAGCCACUGAUCACCUUGUCAAAUUGCUGGCGGCUAAAUAUCAACGAUUUUAUGUGCGAGUGGUUGGAAUCAACCCCGGAUUCGUCCCAAGUAAUAUGAACCCGGUUGGUGCUGAAGGCAACAUCUUCAGCUCACUGUUUGAUAAGGUGCCUGCAAAACGCGCAGCAAAGGCCGAAGAUAUCGCUGGCACCGUUAUGUACCUGGUCAGCAAGGCUGGUGCCUACGUAGACGGGAUUUCUCUCUGUGUUGAUGGCGGUAGGGUUCUUCUCGCCAAUGGGCAGGAAUAG